GCCCGAGCCGCCUGCGCGGAUCGGCGUCCGCGGCGGGCGGCUGCUGAGCUCUCAGCACUGGAGCGCUUGGCCCCUGCCACACUGGAUGCCAUGAGUUGCUAAAAGUGAGCCUGGCUUUUCAGCUCCUUGGGGGUGUGGGGGACCCAGAGCCAUGUCGGACCUGCUACUACUGGGCCUGAUUGGGGGCCUGACUCUGUUACUGCUGCUGACUCUGCUGGCCUUUGCCGGGUACUCAGGGCUGCUGGCUGGGGUGGCAGUGAGUGCCGGCUCACCCCCCAUCCUCAAUGUCACUGUGGCCUACAAGUUCCACCUGGGGCCCUAUGGCGAAACUGGACGGCUUUUCACGGAGAGCUGCAGCAUCUCCCCAAAACUCCGCUCCAUCGCCGUCUACUAUGACAACCCCCACAUGGUGCCCCCUGAGAAGUGCCGUUGUGCAGUGGGCAGCAUCCUGAGUGAAGGUGAGGAAUCAGCCUCUCCUGAGCUCAUCCAUCUGUAUGAGAAAUUUGGCUUCAAAGUAUUCUCAUUCCCGGCACCCAGCCAUGUGGUGACAGCUACCUUCCCGUAUACCACCACACUGUCCAUCUGGCUGGCUACCCGCCGUGUGCAUCCUGCCUUGGACACCUAUAUCAAGGAGCGGAAGCUGUGUGCCCACCCUCGGCUGGAGAUCUACCAGCAAGACCAUAUCCAUUUCAUGUGCCCACUGGCACGGCAGGGAGACUUCUAUGUGCCUGAGGCAAAGGAGAUGGAGCGGAAAUGCCGGGGGCUCCUGGAGGCCAAUGAUGCCCACACGGAUGGCACAGGAGCUGACACGAUGAGUGACACGAGUUCUGUAAGCCUGGAGGUGAGCCCUGGCAGCCGGGAGACUUCAGCCACCACGUUGUCCCCUGGGGCGAGCAGCCGCCGCUGGGAUGAUGGUGACACUCGCAGUGAGCACAGCUACAGCGAGUCGGGCGCCAGUGGCUCAUCCUUUGAGGAGCUGGACCUGGAGAGCGAGGGGCCUUUGGGGGAGCCACGGCUGGAUCCUGAGACUGAGCCAUUGGGGGCCACCAAGUGGCCCUGGGAGCCCAGUACUCCUGAAAAGGGCAAGGAGUAACCUGUGGCCUGCAACUUCCUGUGGUGCAGUUGCUAAGGAACUGAGCAGACUCUCCAGCCCUUUUCUUCCUCCACCACCCGGGCCCAGGCUGAGACUGGAGGUGCAUGGGGAACCUGACUUCCCCCAUCCCAGGCUUCUUGCUAAGCCUUCUCACUGCCCUUUCGGCUCCCAGAGCCGAAAGAGCCAGGGACUGUUUUCUGUACCAGCCCGUGGGGAUGCCACCUCUGUUGUGUUUUUUUUCAGACUCAUGUUGGAACUUCCAGGACUCAGAAUAAAGCAAAUGAUUUUCUUGUUUCACCUGGA